AUGGAUUCUCAACCAAUUAUUCGUGACCUUGUGUUAGCAAAGCUUAUAACACCAUCGACAAGUGAAACUUGUGUUCAAUUAGUCGAAAGUGAAAAACGCCCGUUUGGACAUACGAUUGUUAACACACGCAAUGAUUCGGUCUCCGAUCCACAAGAUCUCGUUAAUUUAGCUCGACAGAUUGAGACGUGUGAUGCAUUCGUACGUGCAAAUGUAUCAAAUCGCUUGCAAGUUAUUGUAAAUCAAGUCGAUUUUCUUCGUCGAGAAGCACAACGAGUGUUAGUGAAAGCAAAACGUGACGAUGAAUUAAAUCAUUCCGCUUGUAAUCUUGUACGUCGGCCAGGACAAACUUAUUAUUACUACGAACGACAGAGUGGACAAAAAUACCUUUCGAUUAUGCAUCCGCAAGAUUGGCUUCUCGGAACGAAAACAAAUGGAUGUCCGCACGAAUUUUUAGGUGCAUAUAAACUCGAAUAUGACAAUUCAUGGACACGUCAAGCGACGAACUUCGAUGAUGGAUUGGAUGAUCCGUUGGAUGAAUUGAAACAAAAAUCGAAUGAUGUGCAGCAAACGCGGAAAAUGUUAGAGUUCUUAGUUAAAGCAUGA